AUGGGCCAUAUCGGCGUUCGCCAUUUGAGUACCGAAGAAACUGUCACUGAAACACCCAAAGUCAUGGAUACAGCUAACGAAAUUGUUCAACAAGCAGCUCAAACCACUUCACCAGAGGCACUUGUUCAGGCAGCAGCUCAAAUCGGUGAUUUUAAAGCCCUUGGCUUAUGUAAUAUGACACCUGUUGGUGGUUUAGAGGCUAUGUUUGAAUAUAUUCAUGUUGCUAGUGGAUUACCAUGGUGGGGAACUAUUGCCUUGGCUACUGUUGCUGUUCGUGUUGCUCUUUUACCUUUAAUGAUCAAGAUCCAAAGAAAUAAUGCUAAAUUGAUGAAUAUCAACCCAGAUGUCAACCGUAUCAUGGAGAACUUAAAGUCAGCUCAAGCUCAAGGCGAUUCAUUAGCUACCGGAAAGUAUACACAAGAGAUCCAAACACUUUUUAAAAAGAAUGACUGUCAUCCUAUGAAAUCUAUGGGUCUCCCUCUUAUUCAAAUGCCUGUCAUGAUUUCUUUCUUCAUGGCCAUUCGUGGUAUGGCUGAGUUGCCUGUACCUGGAUUAACCGAUGAGGGUAUUUUGUGGUUCACUAACUUGGCCGAAAAGGAUCCCUAUUAUAUUCUUCCAGUCGUCAGUGCUGCUGGUGUUAUGCUUGUUUUAGAAGCUGGUACCGAAGCUGGUGCUGCUAAUCCUCAAAGUAAAGGUAUGAAGAAUGUCUUCCGUGCUCUUACUCUUGUUAUGGUUCCUUUUACUGCUUGGAUGCCUAGUGGUGUAUUUGUUUACUGGGUCACAUCUAAUUUCUUCUCUAUCGGUCAAAUUCUUGCAUUAAAAAACCCUGCUGUCCGUAGCGUCUUAAAUAUCCCCAAGCUCGUAAAGAAGCCUGAAGAACUCCAAAAAAAUACCAAGGGUUUCAUGGAGAAUUUUAAGGAUCAACAAAAGCAUCAUGAUAAGUUAGAUAAAGAACGUGCCAUCCGUGAAAGACAACAGGCUGCUGCUGUUGCAAGAAGAGCUGCUAAGCGCAGAUUUUAG